AUGCCUGGUGAAGCAUCCUCUUCCAAUUCUCCUCCUUGUCGAUUUAGCUACGACGUGUUCCUCAGUUUCAGAGGCGAAGACACCCGCAAGACUUUCACCGACCACUUCUACACGGCCCUGGUCAACGCCGGAAUCCGCACUUUUCGAGACGACGACGAAAUCGAGAGAGGACGCGAUAUCAAGCCGGAGCUGAACAAAGCCAUCCACCGAUCACGCAGCUCCGUCGUCGUCUUUUCCAAAGACUACGCCUCUUCCCGAUGGUGCCUCGACGAGCUUGUCGUCAUUCUCCAACGCCACGCCGACGACGCUCGCGGUCAUGUCGUUUUGCCGGUGUUCUACGACAUCGAUCCGUCUCAUGUGAGGAAGCAGACCGGAAGUUUUGCCGCAGCUUUUGCUAGAUACCGGAAAACUCAAUCGCCGGAGAAGGUACAGAGUGAAGCACCUGCACAAGUUGCAGAUCUGGCUGGGAUGGUGUUGCAGAACCAAGCUGAUGGGUACGAAUCAAAGUUUAUCCAAAAGAUUGUUAAAGUGAUUGGAAGAAAACUAAGUCGCACACCCUUGAGUGUUGCCCCAAACCUUAUUGGCAUCCAUUCUCGAGUCAAAAACAUUAGUUUAUGGUUACAAGAUGGAUCAACUGAUGUUGGCACACUUGUAAUUUAUGGGAUGAGUGGAAUAGAGAAGACAACCAUUGCAAAAUUUGUUUACAAUUCAAACUUCAGAAGAUUUGAAGGAAGUAGUUUCCUUGAAAAUAUCAAAGAAAUCUCAGAACAACCCAAUGGCUUAGUUCAAAUACAAAUGCAACUUCUUUCUAAUAUCUUAAACGGAAGAAAGGUGAUAAUACACAGUGUUAGUGAAGGAAUCACUAAGAUUGCAGAUACCAUAAACUCUAAAAGAGUUCUUCUUGUUCUUGAUGAUGUGGAUCAUUUGGACCAAUUAGAUGCAGUACUUAGGUUGCACGGCCGGUUUUAUCCAGGAAGUAAAAUCAUAAUAACAACCAGGCAUUUGAGGUUGUUAAAGGCUCAGUAAGUUACUAAGGUGCAUAAUGGAACUUUGGAUUACAAGGAAUCAUUGGAACUCUUCAGUUGGCAUGCUUUCGGGCAGGGCCUUCCCAUCGAAAGUUACAUGAAACUUUCAGAGAAAGUAGUACACCAGAGUGGAGGACUUCCGUUAGCUCUUAAAGUUUUGGGCUCUUCUUUAUUUGGGGAAAGUUUAACUGUAUGGGAAAGUGCAUUACAGAAAUUAGAAGCUAUUCCUAAUGGUGAAAUCAUGAAUAAACUCAAAAUAAGCUACGAGUCUUUACAAGAUGAUCAUGACCGCAAGUUGUUCCUCCACAUUGCUUGUUUCUUUAUUGGAAAUGACAGAUAUAACAUUGUGAGGUUACUAGAUGAGUGCAAUUUGUAUACUACUGUUGGCAUUCAAAAUCUUGUUGAUAGAGGUUUAGUAACCCUUGAUGGAUAUGAUAAGGUGCAGAUGCAUAAUGUUAUCCGUGACAUGGGAAGAGGAAUUGUUUGCCAAGAAUCAGAGGAUCCUGAAAAACGCAGUAGGUUAUGGCAUUAUAAGGAUUCUAUCAAAGUACUCACAGAAAAGAAUGGUACUGAGACCAUUGAAGGUCUUGUCCUGAACAGGCAUAUGCACCCUGCAAACACUCCUUCAAUAAACUCAAAUGAGACAAUCUUGGAAAGCAAUGCAUUUGCAAGGAUGUGCAAACUGAGACUACUCCAUCUUAGUAAUGUACAACUCAAUGGAUGUUAUAAAGAACUUCCUACAAAAUUGAGAUGGUUGUGUUGGCAUGCAUUUCCUCUGGAUUGUAUACCCACUGAUUUUCCUAUGGCAAACCUGGUUGUUCUUGAAAUGCAUAAUAGCAGCUUGACACAAAUCUGGAAAGGGACCAAAUAUCUUCCAUCAUUGAAGAUCCUUGAUCUCAGCUAUUCUCAUGGCCUUACGGAAACUGCCAGUUUCUCACCUUGUCCCAAUCUAGAGAAACUGGUUCUUGUAGAUUGUGCAGGCCUGAUUAAUGUUCAUGAAUCAAUUGGAAGCCUUGAGAGACUUGUUUACUUGAAUAUGAAAAAUUGCAAAAAUAUUAGGAUGCUUCCGAAGAAUAUUUGUAUGCUGAAGUUACUUGAAACUCUUAUUAUAUCUGGUUGCUCAAAUCUGAAUAUGUUUCCAAUGGAGAUGAUGAAGAACAUGGAAUCUCUUAAAGUGCUGGAAACAAAUGAAAUUCCAAUAAAUCAAUUACGCUUUACCGGUGGUGACAUCAACUCAUCGCCGGGAAGAAGUAUUUGUAUCUUUUGGACUUGUUUACCUCACUCUUUGGUAGAAUUAAGUUUAAGUGGGUGCAAUCUCUUGGAUGAUGGUUUUCCUGGGAAUUUUGGUAACCUAUCCUCAUUGAAGAGAUUAGGCUUACAAGAUAACCCAAUUUGUAGCCUACCAAAUUGCGUCGGAGAUAUGAAGAGGCUUGAUAAACUCUCCUUUUGCUUUUGUAAAAGGCUGAAAUCACUUUUAGGACUACCAAAAGUAGAUGAAUUGUAUGUGUAUGCUUGUCAUUCAUUGGAAAAGAUAACAUAUCAAUCAAGUUUGUGCAAAGUAAACAAUGUCUUUGGUCAAAUGUGUAGCCUAGUUGAGAAUGAAUACAUGUACAAGUUAGAACCCAUUGGAAGUGUUGAUGUAGAAAUGAUCGAUGUUUUGGGGUUGUGCAACUUGGAACCUAUGAGAACCGUUCAGCUGAUGCAACCACAAGCCUCAGAUCAUUAUCUGUGUCCGAUCCAGGGACUGCAUGAAGGUGGCAUAUUCAGCACAUUCCUGUCUGGAAAUGAGGUUCCAGGUCUGUUCAGUCAUAAGAGUACAGAGUCCUCAAUAUCUUUUGUCGUGCCUUUAGCUUGAACAUCUUCGUAGUCUAUGAAAAUAUUGCCAGUGAAACUCCUUACGGUGUCAAUUAUUUGGAUUAUUAUGUACGUAUACCAAUAGUUGCUAAAGUCAGAAAUAAGACCAAGGGUCUGGAGUGGAUCUAUUGCCCAUCAUUCUAUGGUAUACCAGCUGAGGGGGAAGACAUGAUAUGGUUAAGCCAUUGGAAGUUGGAGAAUCAAUUAGAAGGUCGUGAUGAAGUGACUGUUACAGUAUUUAUAUUACCUUGGCGUCAGGUAAAGCAGUGUGGUAUCCAUGUUGUCCACGAGAAAGAAGAGAAUAUGAGUUUACGCAGAAUCAGGGACCCUUGUUAUCCAUAUGUCAUUGGUGGAGAUUUGUCAGGGUCUGAGGUCAUGCCAGGAACAUACUUCCUCUCUAGUCUAGCUAAACCAUUGAUAUAUAAGCCUCAGUUACAUGAGUUCAUUGGAGACUCUGAUACAG